AUGGAUGAAUUUCGAGAUUCUCAAAAAGAAAGAAUUCAAGAGGCAUUAGAUUUGGGUGAGCUUACAACCGGUAGUGGCUUGAAUCAAGAACUUGGUCUUUCAAGAGCUUGUGAUACGCGUUGGGGAUCUCAUUUUAAAUCUUUCAACAAUUUUAUUCUUAUGUUUGGCUCUAUUCUUAAUGUUCUUGAAUCACUUGUUCUUGAUGCACGAUUAAUGGAUGAAAGAGCCAAGGCAAUGGGAUAUCUUGAAGCUUGUCGAACAUAUGAGGUUGCGUUCAUGUUGCAUUUGAUGAGUGAUGUUUUAGCAAUCACAAAUGAGCUUAAUAAAUGCUUACAAAAAAAGGAGCAAGAUUUGGCAAAUGCCAUGUUACUUGUUGAAGUAGCAAAAAUAAGGUUGCAAGCAUAUAGGGAUGAAGAAUGGGAUUCUCUUAUUGCUAGGGUGUCUUUGUUUUGUAUCAAGCAUGAAAUUUUGGUACCUAACUUUGAGGAGCCAUAUGUUAGCUCUUUAAGAUCACGAAGGAGACUUGGUGACAAUAAAGUCUCUCAUCAUUAUCGUGUUGAGGUAUUUUGCAAUAUUAUUGAUUGGCAACUUCAAGAACUUAAAGAUCGUUUUGGCGAAGCGACGACUGAUUUGCUUCAUGGAAUUUCUUGUUUGAAUCCAAUUGACUUGUUUUCAAGUUUUGAUAUCAGGAAAAUAAUGAAAAUGGCUAAAUUAUAUCCUGAUGACUUUAAUGAAUUCAAUAUGGGUUCUCUUGAGAAUCAACUUGCAAGUUACAUUAUUGAUGUUCGUGAUGUUGAUGAAAGGUUCUACAAUCUAAAAGGGCUUUGUGAUCUUUCAAAAAAAUUAGUUCAGACAAAGAAGCAUUCAAAUUAUCCUCUUGUAUUCCGCUUAGUGAAACUUGCUUUGCUUCUGCCAGUUGCCACUGCAUCCGUUGAAAGAGCUUUUUCAGCAAUGAAGUUUAUCAAGAAUGACUUGCGGAGUCAAAUGAGUGAUGAUUUUUUUAGCGGUUGUUUGGUGCCUUAUCUAGAAAAAGAUGUAUUUGAUAAUGUUUCUAAUGAUGCUAUUAUUAAGACAUUUCAAGAUAUGAAACCUCGUAGAGUACAAUUGUAG